GCGUCUCCUCGGUCUGUAACGGUCACCGUCUCCGGUAUAUUCUUUUUCAUCUGAAUUCAUUCAUCUUUUCUCUCCAUCAUGGCGGCCACUGUCCACCUCCUUCCCGCCGUCACGUUGGCGCUGUUGUCCUGUUUUCCCGCCGCGGUCUCCUUGCGCAAAGACGUGCUCGAGCUCGGGGACGCGGACUUUGACUACCUUGCAACGGAGCACGAGACCAUGCUGGUGAAAUUCUACGCUCCAUGGUGUGGUCACUGUAAGAAACUGGCUCCAGAGUUUGAAAAAGCAGCGACCAGACUGAAGGGAACCGUCCAGUUAGCAAAGGUGGACUGUACCGCUCACUCAGAGACCUGUGGUCGUUUCGGGGUCUCAGGUUAUCCCACUCUGAAGAUCUUCAGGAAUGGCAGAGACUCCGCCCUCUACGAUGGACCUCGGACCGCAGAUGGGAUCUAUCACUACAUGAAGAAGCAGACCGGCCCAGACUCGGUUCACCUGGAGACCGAGGAAGACCUCCAGACCUUCAUCAACCACUAUGAUGCCAGUAUCGUAGGUGUGUUUUCAGGUGCAGACAGCUCUCGUCUGGCAGAGUUUCUGAAAGCUGCGGGUCUGCUGAGAGAACAGUUCAGAUUCGCUCACGCCACUGAUCUGAAGCUGGGGGAGAAAUACGGAGCGGAGUCUGAGAGCGUGUUGUUGUUCAGACCUCCCAGACUGGACAAUAAGUUUGAGGACAGCGUCGUCGUCUUCAGAGACUACCUGACCAUCGGAUCUCUGAGACGCUUCAUCAGAGAUCACAUUUACGGUCUGUGUCCUCACAUGACUUUGGAGAACAGAGAUCGCCUGAGAGUUCGUGACCUGCUGACAGCGUACUAUGACCUGGACUACCAUCGCAACACCAGGGGCUCCAACUACUGGAGGAACAGGGUGAUGAAACUGGCGUCAAAAUACGCCGGGCGGGGCCUGAUGUUCUCAGUCGCCAAUAAGAAGGACUUCCUGUCUGAGCUGGAGGAGGACUUUGGUUUGGGGACGUCAGACGGAGGAGAGCUUCCAUUCGUCACGAUCCGGACCAAACUGGGCCACAAGUUCACCAUGAGAGAGGAGUUCACGAGGGACGGUCAGUCCUUGGAGAGGUUUUUAGACGAUUACUUCACAGGACGACUCAAACGUUACGUCAAGUCUGAACCCGUCCCUGAGACCAACUCCGCCCCUGUCAAGGUGGUUGUUGCUGAGACUUUUGAUGACAUCGUUAAUGAUCCGAAUAAAGACGUUCUGAUCCAGUUUUACUCUCCGUCCUGUCCACACUGCAAGAAACUGGAGCCGGUCUACAGAGAGCUGGCCGACACGCUGUUUGAUGAUCCAAACAUCGUUGUCGCCAAGAUGAACGCUGUGGACAACGACGUCCCACUGGGAUACGACGUACAGGGGUAUCCGACCAUUUAUUUUGCUCCAGUGGGAAAAAAAGACGAGCCCAUCCGAUACGAGGGGGGUCGAGUGCUCAAAGACUUCCUGAAGUUCCUGAAGCGCGAGGUGAGUCACAGUCUGGUGUCCAGCGGCUCCAAGGAUGAACUCUGACACAUCCACCAGUCAGGUCUGACUACAGGGACGCAACCAGCUGGUUUCCAAGACAACACACAUGCAGGGGGACGACCACACAAGAGUCCUGAUCCUGCUGACACACCUGGACCUGAAUCUGGACCUGAACCAGAGACAGGAGGUGGUGAAAGGACAGCUGCUGGUUUAACAAGAUACUGAGUCCAACCAGAUUCCCGUUACCACAGAAACACCUGUCCAUCAUGAUGUCAUGCAUGACAUCACCAGACUGCCUGCUAUCAUGUGACUGUCAGCUGAUUCAUUAUUUAUUUAUUUAGUUUGUUUAUUGGAGUUUAGCACCAAAACAAAAACUUCAGACAAAUUUCAAUUUAGUCAAACAGAAUAAAAUAAGAGUCAAAAAGAAAUUUGGUCCAACAUUAAUAAAACGUCUUCGAUGUGACUUCUUUAUAAAACGUUUGUAGGUAAAAACAAAAGUGACAUCUUCAAAUGUUUUGUCCAAAACCCAAAGACAGAAAGUCAAACCUGCUGCUGGAGACGGACGAGAGCAGGUGGAAGCGUUGCACCACAACGUGAAAUCAACUUUGUGUUGUUGGAAAAGUCUGAAGCUUCAGAGUUCACGGUGAAAUACAGGAGGUAUGAUUAACUGCGGUUUGAUUAAUUUCAAAAUAAAACUUCCUGUCCGGUCACUACAUGCAUGUAGUUCUUAGCAACUACAAAUUACAUGCACUGAAUUUCAUUUAUUUUCAUCUUGUGUCCCCAUAAAGUUGAACUUAUUUAUUGAUAUCAUGAUCUGUGGAUUUUAUAUUUUGUGUUUUUGAACUACAGAUUUCUUCCUUUGAACUUUCGCUGAACAUCUUUGUUUUGUGACAAACUGAUGGAUGUUUCCUGAUGCAAACAUCUGUUCUGAGCCUUAUUACUGUUUAUUUUACUGUUUACACUGAGGAGGAGCUGAGGUUUAAGAAAAAUA